GUUUCAUGCAGCAAGCUAUUCUCUCCGUCUCUGCACCACUUCUUGUGCUCUUACUAUGACUGACUUUCUCGCUACAAACCCACUUGCCAUAUCAUUUCUCAAUUCACUCCUAACCCCAACAAACAGAACCCAACUUAACCCAAAUUCCUUUUCCCCCUUUUCCCCCUUUUCCCCCUUUUCUCCCAAACUAUCCAAAAUCACUGCUAACAACAAGUGCGUUUCCGCGGCGUUUAGCUCCAGCUCCAACGGAAGUCAUGGUCCACCAUCAAGGGGUCAAAGAUUUUACGAUGAACUUGAAUUCGAGGACACCAAGGACAACAAUUUUGAGUUUGAGCUUGAGUUAGAGAGAAGCCCCUUCAAAGAGGAGGGUUCACCCAAUGAAAAUGACGAUGAUAAAGGAAGUGUAAAUGAAUUGGGAGAAGAUGAUUUGAUUCGGGUUCAAGACGAUGUAGGUAGAGAUGAUGAUUUGAGAAAAGAUGAUAAAGUUGAGAAAUUUGGUGGUAAUUUGAGAUUAAGAAGAGGUAAACAAGUGAUAAGAAGGUCAAAUUUGUUGGCAAAGCAGGUGAUCAGUAUUCACUCUGCUCUUAGCUUGGGAUUCAUUUCCCAGCUUUGGGUGGACACCACCUCUUGGAUGGUCUUGUUUGUAGAGGUGAGGUCAAACUUGCUUUCUGGGGAUUCAGAAAAAUUCCUUCUUGAGGAUAUCAGUCAGGUUGGUGAUGUUGUCCUUGUUCCAGAUGAAAGUGUAAUAGACAACGAAUAUAAAAUGAUUGGAUUGGAGACACUGGUUGGGUACAAAGUUGUAACACCCUCUCGACGAUAUAUUGGAAAGGUGCGUGGCUACAAUUUCAGCAUCAACUCAGGUGCUGUCGAAGAACUUGAGAUAGACUCAUUUGGACUAUCCAUCAUUCCAUCAAGUUUGGUGAGUACGUUCUCUUUGCUGGUUGAGGAUGUACUGGAAGUACUAUCUGAUGCUGUUGUUGUACAUGAAGCUGCAGCUUUGCGAAUACAAAGGCUUUCAAAGGGUUUUUUGGGCAACCAGAGUGUGGGAAUUUCAGCUGAUGAUGUUGAAGAUUAUGAAUCUGAACAAUCGGUGACAUAUGGCCGUGUUUCAAGGAGAAGGACAAAUUUUGGAAGAAAGAAACCCAAUCCAAGAGAUUGGGAUACUAAUGAAGAUAACUGGGAGCUUCCUAUGGACUACCUCUAAUCUCAUGGUUUUUCUGCAUUUACACGCCUAAAACUAGAUAAGAAUAAACGGGUUCCCUGCUCAUAAAUUUCAUAUACAGACCUAUUUUAUAAGAAAUAAUGGAGUUUAAAUAAGCUUAUUAGAAAUGCUUAAUAGCCUUUUUUUUCUCCUGGUAAAUAGGCUAUCUUUUGUAUAGUUAAUUUCCUUGAAUUUCUCUAGAUUUUUUAAUUUUUUAUUUUAGCAAUUUCCUUUGCUUGUAUUGCCUAUUCGGCUAUUCCACGAUGAAAUGUUUGGUGAACUAUUAAUUAUGUAAUAUAUGAAAUAUCCCAUAGUUUGAGAUGGA